AUGUCAAGGGAGACGUGCUUCAGCGCUACCAAGACAAAUCCCGUCGUCAAGGCCGAGUCUGGGGGCCAGAGCUUUGUGCUCAAGUGCCCGUUAUCUUACAUUUACGACAAGUGCCGAGAUUUUGCAGCCGAAUUUGCAGGCUCCCGCCGGCUCCGGCUGCACGUAGACCGCGACCUAGAUGAGCAAGUCCUGGUCUACCCCUUCUUCAAGACCACUCUCUUCGACUUGAUCGCGGAGGAUCCCGAACUCCCCAUAUUCGAGCGAGUCAAGAUCAUGACGACCGUCGCCGAGGCGAUCCAGGAGGUGCACAAGAAGAACUGGGCACACCUCGACAUCAGCCCCAACAACGUCCUCGUCGACUGGACCUGCAACGGGCACGGCGACAAGACGGUCACCAACGUAGCCGUGGGCGGCCUCAGCAGCGCCAUGAGCGCCAUGACGCUGGAAACGGACGGUAUGCGGUGCGACGAUACAGGGUCGCGCGAGUGGCGAAGCCCUGAAGUCUACUCCGGAAGGGGCAUGUCAAUGGCAUCUGACAUCUACUCAUUCGGUCUCGUAAUGCUCUACACCCUCGGCGCCGGUAGCAUGCUCCGUUACGCCGAGGGGCUGGCGGCGAAAGGGGGCGGGGUGACGCUAUGCCACGUGGAAGAGCUCAUGGCCCGGCACUUCGCCUUUUUUGGUCCGGCCACCGAGGGGCUGUUUAAGGUGAUCAGGGGCGAAGAAUAUUGCCGGAAAGCGAAUAUUCUGUCGUAUCAUUCCCAGCUGGUGCUGAAGUCGAGACCCGACCUGAGUUUCCAGUCCUGGGGCCAGGGGCUCGGUCCAGAGGUACACGCACGGAUUUCUUGGAUGCUAAAGAUGGACCCAGCGGCCAGGCCGACAAUCGAUCAAGUCCUGGCAUUUCUAAGGUCAGGUGGGGUGAGGAGCAGUUACAGGCAGGUAUUGGUCUGA